AUGAGUAAGGGAGCUGUUAGUACACCCCAUAAUCAUGGCUCGACAUCUCAAGUAAGGUGCUUCAAGUGUGGAGAGCAGGGUCACCGUGUCAUUGAAUGCCAAAAAAGAGAGAAGUUUGGUAAAGGUCUUUUUGUGGAAUCUGAUGAGUACGAGGCAGGCCUAGGAGUGGAUCUAGAUCUAGAACCAAUCUAUGAUGAUGAUGCACCAUAUGGGGAGGACACAUGUUCAAGUUUUGAGAAUGUAGUUGCUGAAGAGGUAGUGAGGAAAAUUGGAUUGGUGACUGAAAAACAUCCUGUCCCAUACAAGCUUUCUUGGCUGAAGAAGGGAUCAGAGGUGAAUGUAACCAAACGCUGCCAGGUUCCAUUCUCUAUGGAAACGCAAUAUGUUGACAAAAUAUGGUGUGAUGUGGUCGCCAUGGAUGCAUGUCAUCUUCUUUUGGGUCGUCCCUGCCAAUUUGAUCGCCGCAUGGUGCAUGAUGGAAAAUUAAACACCUAUAGUUGUAUUUUUGAUCAUGUGAAGAUAGUUUUGAUGCCAGGAAAGAAAGUUCCAUCCAAAAUAAUUACGGAGAGUAGUUCCAUUAUGUUGGCUCGACAAGACUUUCUUGAGGAAGUAGCUGAAACAGGAUUGGUGUUUGCCUUGGUAGGCAAAGAAACCAUGGAGGGAACAGUGAUACCAUGCAUUGUCCGUGAAUUGCUUGCUGAAUUCUCAGACGUCUUUCCCGAUGACUUAUCGUUGGGGCUACCACCAUUGCGUGACCAACAACAUCAAAUAGAUUUGAUCCAAGGAGCUAGUCUCCCGAUUCGUCCUUACUAUCGUAUGAGUCCAAAGGAGCAUGAAGAGUUACGUCAACAAGUCGAAGAUCUGUUGUUGAAGGGAUAUAUUCGAGGGAGUCUUAGUCCAUGUGCAAAUCCAGCACUUUUAAUGCCAAAAAAAGAUGGCUCCUGGCGAAUGUGUGUGGAUAGCAGAGCUAUCAACAAGAUCACGGUGCGAUGUAGAUUUCCCAUACCACGUUUAGAUAAUCUACUUGAUCAAUUGAGUGGUGCCAAAAUUUUCACAAAACUACAUCUGAAGAGUGGUUACCAUCAAAUCCGUAUGCGACCCGGAGAUGAAUGGAAGACAGCCUUCAAAAUUCGUGAAGGAUUAUAUGGGUGGUUGGUGAUGCCUUUUGGUCUGUCUAACGCACUCAACACUUUUAUGCGGGUCAUGAAUAAGAUAUUUCGGCCAUUCAUAGGUAAAUUCCUCGUAGUUUAUUUCGAUGAUAUUUUAAUAUACAGUACCUCUACAGAUUUACAUCUGUUCCAUCUUAGAGAGUUCCUUGGAGUUUUGGGAAGGAAGGGUUUUAUGUCGUUUUGUAAAAAUGUUCAUUCUUGUCCGAAUCAAUUUUGUUCUUGGGAUAUGUUGUUUCCAGCCAAGGGUUAUCUGUUGAUGAAUCAAAGGUUACGAUUGUAUGACAAUGGCCAACUCCCACCACGAUUCAGGAAGUCCAGAGAUUUCAUGGGCUGGUUUCUUUUUAUAGAAGAUUCAUUCGUAGAGAUAGGGGUCAUACUUAGUCAACACGGUAAGCCCGUCACUUAUUCUAGUGAGAAGUUAAGUGGUUCCAACCUUCAUUACAACACUUACGAUCUAGAGUUUUAUGCGUUAGUACGCGCCUUGAAACAUUUGAGUUCGUAUCUUGCCUACAAUGAGUUCAUCCUAUUCACAGAUCAUGAGGCAUUGAAACAUUUGAACAGCCAGGACAAGCUCUCUUCCCGUCAUGCACAGUGGGAGAAGGAGAAGUGUAGAAAAGAAGCUGAAAAUUGUCCAGGGGACAUUUCCGAUCAAUCGGACCCCAUCCCGAUUGAUCGGCCAGUUCCAAAAAAUGAUGAAAAGUCAAAAAAUGGGAGAAAUGUGCCUACGCAAUUGAGAGCGGAAGGAGAUAUCCAGGGUUUGCCUCAAGCCAUAGAUGAAAUAAGGUGCACGAACCAUAGGAAUAUAGUUGAAAAUAAAGUAGCUGAUGGCCUCAGUCACCGUUCCACUUUGGUUAAUAAUAUGCAAGUUCAGGUGUUGGGUUUUGAUUUGUUGAAGGAUUUAUUGGCCGUUGAUCCUUAUUUUGGUCCUAUUAUGGUUUACUUGAAGACUGAUCCAUAUUCAGAUUACGUGUUACAUGAGGGCUAUUUGUUUAAAGGAAACCGAUUGUGCAUUCCCGACAGUAGCUUGCGAUUGAAGAUCAUUCAGGAUGUGCAAGGUGAAGGACACGUGGGCCGUGAUAAGACCCUCCAACUUAUCGGGGAUCGUUAUUUUUGGCCAAGCUUGCGUAAGGAAGUCGCUCGUUUUGUGGAAUCCUGUCGAACGUGUCAAUUGGCUAAAGGCAGUGCGAUGAAUGCAGGUCUUUACCUGCCACUACCCAUUCUUGACGGGCCAUGGUCUUGCGUCAGUAUGGACUUUGUGUUGGGACUUCCUCGAACUCAGCGGAGUCAUAAUUCUAUUUUUGUUGUGGUUCAUCGCUUCUCUAAGAUGGCCCAUUUCAUUGCAUAUAGGAAGACAAUGGAUGUUGUUCAUGUUGCUCAGUUGAACUUUCAUGACGUUUACCAUUAUCAUAGGCUGCCAUUGUCAAUUAUGUCGGAUCGUGACACACACUUCUUGAGUUAUUUUUGGCAUUGUUUGUGGCGACUUUCUUGCACCAAACUCGAAUUCAGUAGUGCUUACCAUCCCCAGACGGACGGUCAAACGGAGGUUGUUAAUUGUUCAUUGGGGUCCCUGUUACGUUGUCUUGUAGGAGAACACUUGAAGUCCUGGGAUCAACAGCUUUACCAAGCUGAGUUUGCUUACAAUAGGUCCACUAAUCUGAGUAUCGGUUUCAGUCCUUUCCAGAUCAUUUAUGGUUACUAUCCACGUGCCCCCGUUGAUCUCACACCUCUCCCCGACCUUGUUUGUCCCAAUAUUAAGGCUGAGGACUUGAUGACGCAACUGCAGCAUGUUCAUGCUACUACAACCCAAUGGCUGCAGGAGUCUAACUCCAAGUAUAAGCUUGCCGCGGACAAGAAACGUAGGGUUGUUGAAUUUUCUGUGGGGGAUCUCGUAUGGGCUAUUUUAAUGAAGGAUCGCUUUCCUCCUGGGGAGUAUAGCAAAUUGGUUGCCCAUAAAAUUGGCCCUCUGGAAAUUAUUGAGAAGAAUAAUUCUAAUGCCUACCAGCUGAAGUUGCCCAACCACGUGAAGACGUAUGAUGUGUUCAAUGUUAAGCAUUUGGUGCCUUUUGUUGCUUCUCCUUCGCUCUUGUCUACUGCUUUAUUGUCAAGGAUGACUUUUUGCCAACCCGGGGAGGAUGAUGCAGACGGGAUGGCUUGGCCCUGUGUGAUGAGGAUGAAUUGGCUUUGCAAUUCAUGGAACACUUCGAUCGUAUGA